AUGGCUCGCUUCGAAGACGUACUGUCCAGCCGCUAUGGAGGCAGCUGUCCCGCGGGCCCGGCCAGAGGGGCCAGCCGGCAGCCGUACAAGCAGUCGAUGGCCCAGAGAGCCAGGACCAUGGCCAUUUACAACCCCAUCCCAGUCAAACAGAACUGCCUCACCCUCAACCGCUCUCUGUUCAUCUUCAGCGAGGACAACAUCAUACGGAAAUAUGCCAAAAAGAUCACUGAAUGGCCUCCAUUUGAGUACAUGAUCCUGGCCACCAUCAUAGCAAACUGCAUUGUACUGGCUUUGGAGCAACACCUACCGGCCUCGGACAAAACGCCGAUGUCAGAGCGCUUGGACGACACUGAGCCCUACUUUAUUGGAAUAUUUUGUUUUGAGGCUGGUAUCAAGAUCAUCGCCCUGGGCUUUGCCUUUCACAAAGGCUCCUACCUACGUAAUGGCUGGAAUGUAAUGGACUUUGUGGUGGUCCUAACAGGGAUCCUGGCCACCGUGGGGGCUGAUUUUGAUCUGAGAACACUGAGAGCUGUGAGAGUUCUGCGGCCGCUCAAACUGGUCUCUGGCAUUCCAAGUCUUCAGGUGGUAUUGAAGUCCAUUAUGAAAGCCAUGGUACCUCUGCUGCAGAUUGGCCUGCUGCUCUUCUUUGCCAUCCUCAUGUUCGCCAUCAUCGGCCUCGACUUCUACAUGGGCAAGUUCCAUCGCACCUGCUUCAGGGUGGACACAGGUGAGCGGACAGCUGACUUCCCCUGCGGCCUGGAGGCUCCGGCGAGGACCUGUGGAAACGAAACCUCCUGCAUGGAGUACUGGAUCGGACCCAACUUUGGCAUCACCAACUUUGACAACAUCCUCUUUGCUAUUCUUACCGUUUUCCAGUGCAUCACCAUGGAGGGAUGGGUGGACAUCCUCUACAACGCCAAUGAUGCCUCAGGGAACACAUGGAACUGGCUGUACUUCAUCCCACUCAUCAUCAUCGGUUCCUUCUUCAUGCUCAACCUGGUGCUCGGCGUGCUGUCAGGGGAGUUUGCCAAAGAGAGAGCGAGGGUGGAGAAGAGGCAAGAUUUCCUGAAGCUCCGCAGACAACAGCAAAGAGAAAGAGAGUUGACUGGAUAUCUGGAGUGGAUCUGCAAAGCAGAGGAGGUGAUGCUGGCUGAGGAAGACAAGAAUGCAGAGGAGAAAUCUUUAGAUGGAGCUUGGUACAAAAGGAAACACAAUAACUCAGGUGGCUACACAUUUUCUAUUGUGGCUAAGUUGGGACUGCACCCAGUGCUGAAGAGGACAAAGAAGAGUAAGAAUGACCUCAUUAAUGCAGAGGAGGGUGAGGACCACCUCACCGACAUCUCAUCUGUUGCCCCCCAAGGGUCGCCGUUUGCCCGGGCCAGCGUGAAGAGCAAGAAUGAGAACUCAUCUUACUUCAAGAGGAAAGUGAAGAGGAUUCGCUUUACCAUCCGCCGUCUGGUCAAGUCCCAGAGCUUCUACUGGACUGUGUUGUGUCUGGUUGGCCUCAACACGUUGUGUGUAGCCAUUGUGCACUACGACCAACCGGACUGGCUCACCUAUGCCCUAUAUCUGGCAGAGUUUGUAUUCCUGGGCCUGUUCUUGGCAGAGAUGUCCAUGAAAAUGUAUGGACUUGGACCCCAGAACUACUUCCACUCCUCAUUCAACUGUUUUGACUUCGGGGUGAUCAUCGGCAGUAUUUUUGAGGUGAUCUGGGCUGCCAUCAAACCUGGAGCCUCAUUUGGAAUUAGCGUCCUGCGAGCUCUGAGACUGCUCAGGAUCUUCAAAGUCACCAAGUACUGGAACUCCUUAAGGAACCUGGUGGUAUCUCUGCUCAACUCUAUGAAGUCCAUCAUUAGCCUGUUGUUCCUCCUCUUCCUCUUCAUUGUGGUCUUCGCUCUGCUGGGCAUGCAGCUGUUUGGUGGCCAGUUUAAUUUUGAAGACGAAACACCGACAACUAACUUUGACACAUUCCCAGCAGCCAUUCUCACUGUGUUCCAGAUCCUAACUGGGGAAGAUUGGAAUGCGGUCAUGUACCACGGGAUCAAAUCACACGGGGGCGUUCAUGGGGGAAUGUUCUCCUCCAUUUACUUCAUCGUUCUCACUCUCUUUGGAAACUACACACUUCUUAAUGUCUUCUUGGCCAUUGCUGUUGAUAAUCUUGCAAAUGCCCAGGAGCUCACUAAGGAUGAAGAGGAGCAAGAGGAGGCCAUCAAUAAGAAACUUGCACUCCAGAAGGCCAAGGAGGUAAAGGAGGUCAGCCCUAUGUCAGCUGCUAACAUUUCCGUCACAGCUUUUCUAACACGCACUCGAGGUAACGCGCAUUCUAGCAGCUCAUCCAUCUGCAGCGUUAACUCACUUAAGGAGCAGAGGUCAGUGAAGACAAUGUCGGUGUGGGAGCAGAGGGCCAAUCAGCUGAUGAGGCAGAACCAGGCGAGCUGCGAGGCCCUGUACAGUGAGCUGGAGCCAGAGGAGCGUCUCCAGCUGUCCACAGCACUACACAUCCGGCCCGACAUGAAGACCCACCACGACCGGCCGCUGCUUGUUGAGCCCAAUGAUGGGCCUUUGCUGGGCGGCCACCAGCACCACCAUCAUAAGAGGCUAGAAGAGGCUGAGACUGCAGACCCUACUUUGCCUCACCAGAAUCGCCGUCAUCACCGACACAGAGACAGGGACGGGAUCAGAACGAAAGAGGAGACCAAUGAUAAUGGUGACACUGGUGGGAGGCACCACGUCCAUCACAGUCGCUCCAAAGACCACAAUGGCAAAGACGGAAAGACCGAGAGAUCCCGCAGCCGAGAGGGAGGCAGAAAGCAUCACCAUCAGAGUUCGGUUGAGGACAGCGGAGGUGGAGGAGUCACGAGCGAGAGAGAGCAUCGCCAUCAUCAUUCACAUCGGCAGGCCCGAGGGGGCAAUGGGACAGUGAGCAGUGGUGGGAGGGGAGAGAGAAGAUCCCGGCACAAAGAUGGGCGUUCUUCAAACAGGGAUGGGGAUAGGAAUUCCAGAGGAGAGAGUGAUGGUAACGGAGAGAGAAGGAGACAUCGAACUCAUGGAUCUAGGGGCCAAUCAACAGCCGAGGGAGAGGAUUCCAACGAGAAAGAGAAGACCCAUGGUCACAGGGAUAGGUUUGGGGACUCAGAGGGGGAGUCCUUAGCCAUCUCACCCCAGCAGGGCUCUGGAGGGGGCAACUGGCCUCCUGACCGACCAGAGGACUCUGACAACCAGCGGAAUGUGAGAAGAACGGGCCAAACGUCCGUCCACAUUCCUCCUGUGAUGGUCACCUGUCCACCUGGAGAGACCACCCUCAUACAAAUGAACAGUAUUGACUGUGAGACAAUGCCCAUGAAUGAGAAGACCCUGGAGGAUCUAGGUCAAAGUGGACCCAAACCCAUCCUGCCCUACAGUUCCAUGUUCAUGUUUGGACAGACCAAUCCGGUGAGGCGGUUGUGUCACUACAUUGUGACUCUGCGUUAUUUUGAGAUGUCAAUCCUCGUUGUCAUUACUAUGAGCAGUAUCGCUUUGGCAGCAGAGGACCCUGUCUGGACAAAUGCCCCUCGCAACAAUGUGCUUAAAUAUCUGGACUACGUCUUCACUGGUGUUUUCACUUUUGAAAUGGUGAUCAAGAUGGUGGACCUGGGCCUGCUGCUCCAUCCUGGAUCCUACUUCAGAGACCUGUGGAACAUUCUGGACUUCAUAGUGGUCAGUGGGGCGCUGGUGGCUUUUGCAUAUUCGAGCUUCAUGGGAUCGCAACAAGGUGUGACCAGGGGGAGCAAAGGCAAAGACAUCAGCACCAUCAAGUCACUGAGGGUUCUCCGAGUCCUCAGGCCGCUCAAGACCAUCAAACGACUGCCCAAAUUAAAGGCAGUGUUCGACUGUGUGGUAAACUCUCUGAAGAACGUGCUGAACAUCCUCAUCGUCUACAUGCUCUUCAUGUUCAUCUUUGCUGUUAUUGCAGUUCAGCUCUUCAAAGGGAAAUUCUUCUACUGCACAGACGAGUCCAAGGGGCUAGAGAAGGACUGCAAAGGUCAGUUCUUGGACUAUGACAAAGACGAGGUAGCUGCCAUGCCCAGAGAGUGGAGAAAGUAUGAGUUCCACUAUGACAAUGUGCUGUGGGCCUUCCUGACCCUCUUCACUGUGUCUACUGGGGAGGGUUGGCCAACUGUACUAAAGCACUCUGUCGAUGCCACCUUUGAGGACCAGGGCCCCAGUCCAGGCUACCGGAUAGAAAUGUCCAUCUUUUAUGUGGUCUACUUUGUGGUCUUCCCUUUCUUCUUUGUCAAUAUCUUCGUCGCUCUGAUCAUCAUUACCUUUCAGGAGCAGGGAGACAAGGCCUUGUCUGAGUGCAGCUUGGAAAAGAAUGAGAGGGCAUGCAUUGACUUCGCCAUUAAUGCCAAACCUCUGACGCGCUACAUGCCCGUGAACACGCAGUCCUUCCAGUACAGGAUGUGGAAGUUUGUGGUCUCAGCUCCGUUUGAGUACUCCAUCAUGAUCAUGAUUGCUCUCAACACUGUGGUACUCAUGAUGAAGUUCCAUGGAGCUCCAGACUUCUAUGAAGCCAUGCUGAAGAAUCUCAACAUCGUCUUCACCACUCUCUUCUCUCUGGAGUGUAUCCUCAAAAUCAUCGCUUUCGGUCCACUGAACUACCUAAAGGACGCCUGGAACGUGUUUGACUUUGUGACAGUGUUGGGCAGCAUCACUGACAUCCUGGUGACCGAAAUCAAUACAACGGACAGGCUGCUGAACCUGAGCUUCCUGAGGCUGUUCAGAGCCGCUCGGCUCAUCAAGCUGCUGAGGCAGGGUUACACCAUCCGCAUCCUGCUGUGGACCUUCGUUCAGUCCUUCAAGGCCCUGCCAUAUGUCUGCCUGCUGAUUGCUAUGCUGUUCUUCAUUUAUGCCAUCAUUGGGAUGCAGGUGUUUGGCAACAUUGACCUGAAUGAGGACACAGCAAUCAAUCACCACAACAACUUCCGCACGUUCCUUCAGGCUCUCAUGCUGCUGUUCAGGAGUGCGACUGGUGAGGCCUGGCAGGAAAUCAUGUUAUCAUGUUUGAGUCACCGAGCCUGUGAUGAGCGAUCAGGGACCGAUGGGAAAGAGUGUGGCAGUGAUUUUGCCUACUUCUACUUUGUCUCCUUUAUCUUCCUCUGCUCCUUCCUGAUGCUGAAUCUAUUUGUGGCUGUCAUCAUGGAUAACUUUGAGUACCUAACCAGAGAUUCCUCCAUCCUGGGACCUCAUCACCUCGAUGAGUUCAUCCGGGUUUGGGCCGAGUAUGACCCGGCUGCGUGUGGGCGUAUCAAGUACCGCGAUAUGUAUCAGAUGCUGCUCCACAUGUCCCCACCCUUAGGUUUGGGAAAGAAAUGUCCACCAAGAGUCGCCUACAAGCGUCUCGUCAAGAUGAACAUGCCCAUUGCCGAUGACAACAGCGUCCACUUCACCUCCACCCUGAUGGCCCUGAUUCGCACCGCCCUGAACAUCAAACUGGCCUCAGGUAUGGUAGCUCAGCGCUUGUCUGACGCUGAGCUGAAGAAGGAGUUGUCCACAGUGUGGCCCAACCUCUCAAAAAAGACCAUGAACCUGCUGGUGACGCCACAUAAACCCAAUGAACUGACGGUAGGGAAGGUUUAUGCCGCCCUGAUGAUCUUCGACUACUACAAACAGAACAUAGCGAGGAAGCGGCAGCUGCAGCAGCAACAGAACCCAUCGGGCUCCCAGUGCGAGGUCGGGGCUCUGUUUAAGCCAUUGCUGCCUGUGACUCACAUGCAGGAGAAAGACCUGCCUAUGAUGUCAAACAGUGUGGAGCCUCCCAGCAUACUUCAGCCCCAGCACAAAUCCCAUGCCAAGUCUCAGCCACAGACCAGACCUAGCUCCAACUCCCUCAACAAUGGAGGCACACUGCCUGGUCACGAUCACAACAUCAAGGAAUCAUCUUCCUGGGUGAUGGAGAAACCCAAGGAGGGGCCCCGAGCUAAGAGCAAAAGAAGCAUGUCCAGGGGCCCAUCAGAGGACUCACCAGACACUGCCAUCAUUCAGGAGUCAGUGGAGAUGAGGAAGAUGGAGACCAGUGUCAGCAGUACCAUCCCAGUCCCUGGCACAGGUCUGGAGAACCAGGGCAGAGCUGCCUCUAUGCCUCGACUCAGUGUUGAGCUGCAGUGGGGCCCCUCCCACCACACUCCAGGGAUCCAUCUCGCCUCUGUCCCUGAUGCCAGCCCUAUGAAACGCUCAGCCUCCACUGUGGCCCCACAGCGACCCCAGGAGGUCAACCUGAGGGACUACACCCUGGAGAAACCCAGCCAGGACCGACCUCACCACCAUCACCACCACCAUCGCUGCCACCACCGCCGGGAUCGAGACAAAGACAGAGAAAGAGAGAAAAGGCAGAGGUCUUUGGAUACACCUGUAGGUGGACAACCUCCAGGCUCUGCUGAAGAGCCGGCGUCUGUCCCAGCUGCCUCCAGAGAGCGGACCCAUGACCGCGGACGCUCACACGAGAGGAAACACCACCACUCCACGGUGGACAAGCAGCGCUACUACUCCUGCGACCGCUUCUGCAGCCGGGAACACUGCCACAGCAAAUCUGCCACCGCUAGCUGUGCCGCCUCCCCCAGCGAGGGGCAGGAAACCAGCAACAAGCAGGGCAGUGGUUGGGUUAAAGGCAGCCCAGUGGCAUUGAGUUCCAGUUCUAGCACGCCAAGCCGCGGACGUCGGCAGCUCCCCCAGACCCCCCUCACCCCGCGGCCAGGGGUGGCCUACAAGACUGCCAAUUCCUCCCCUGUGCACUUUGUGUCCAGCCAGGCCUCUGUGAGUCCCAGCCGGCUGAGCCGUGGCUUGUCGGAACACAACGCCCUACGGCACAGCAGCUCCCAACACAUCCCCUGCCCCGUCACUCGUAUCAGCUCCGAGCCCUUCCUGGGCCGGGGCUACGGCGAUGCCCUGGGCAGCCCCUACAGCAGCCUCCGGGACCAGCUGGACGUCUUCCAGGAUGUGGCGUCAUUCUCGCCCAGCCCCCGUACCGGACGCUCAUCUUGGACCGCACUGCCUCGCAUGAUGGGAGCCCUGCCUCCGGCUCCACAGCAGAACCUUGGGGUGCCCAAUGGGUACCACUUCAGCUUUGGGGGCAACACCAGCCCAGGCUCUGGCGUCAGGGCACCCAGGUAUUACCAGGAGGCAGAGGAGGAUGAAUGGUGCUAGCAUGGCUUUAAACCAACCUUUUUAAUGCAUUUUGAGGAACUGUGAUGAGUUUUAUCAUCUUCUUUAAAGGCUUUAGUUUACAUUGUCACUGUGUGUGUUUAAUGCUGUAUUUGAAUCCUAACUGAGUGAGCUAAGGUUGGGGAGAACACUUGAAAUGGGUCAUAUUUGAAUGUGAACAAGAAAUCAUCAUCUUUGUCAAAGGGCACAUAGCAUCAUCAAACUGAGCAGUAGUCAGAUACAUGUAUCUUUCAGUAGCUAUUCCUCGAUUUGCCUUGACUUCAGUGUUUUGUUGACACCACCAUAACCCUCAAACUGCAGUGCGAACACAGCGUACAUUAGAAUGGUAAUACCUCUUGGUUUUAAUGAUGUACAGUAGAUAGACAAGCAGACCUGCUAUGUGUCAUUCGUAACUAAUGUGUGUAUACCAGGGAAAUAAUUUAAGAAAACAAAAGACGCUCUAAUGAGCUUUUGGCAAAACAAAUUUUACAAAAACCAAAAGCAGCAUUCAAGUUUCUUUUCUGACAUUUGGAGGCAGCACAACAAACUGUAAACAAAACACUGUCGUACUAUCACUGAAUCAAAUUGACGAGGCUAAUUUUUUACCCAACUACACCCAGCAGACACGGUCCAACGGUAGCGUUCAUUUGGGCUCAUGCUUCUGAUCAGCAGAGAAUGAAAGUCCAGCGGUGAAGCUCCUUUUAGCUCCACUUUGGUCUCAUAUCUUCUGCUAAAUGCUCCACUGUGUUCACAUGAUUAGAGUCAGAACAGUAAAGGCUGUCAAACCAAAACAAAAGCUGAAAGUAUCUAAAACAUUCAUUCGCCUAGAACCAAUUAAUUGGUGAUAAUUCUCUGUGGGUUUGUGCCACCUUUCACAUUACACAAACAUAUUUAUUUUCAUUGUAAGCUUAACAAGUAUAUCGACUAAUUCAGCUUUAUUGUUAGAUUUGAACUAUUCUUAAAGUUGUACAUGAUCUGAUCUGUUUACCAGGUGAAAUGACCUUCGCAAAGACCUACAUGAUAAACUGAGAACACUGCUCACUGUAGUUUAACGCAGAGAACCAAACAGCAUUGUUGAACUUGCGGCGCAACAGAGCAGCACUCAUACUGGUUAACAGACACGUCAUCAUUACACCCAACAGCACAACAUACUGCAUAACAGAGCAUCGCAUUUUCAAAUUAAACUUUGUUAUCGGUUUUAUCAGUCGCUGAAGUGCGUUUGAGAGUCUCUAUGGCAGGUUCAACAGAAAGUGAUGGCACUGCACGUCAUGGAAUCAUGGUCAGUCCCUCAUGAAAUGUUGGGAUAUAAAUAACCUCAAAGACAUUAUGACAAUGUACAAAUGGCUGUGAUGCUCUUUAGUUUAGGACCGUACCAUUCUAUGAUUAUGCCUAAUCCUUUAUGACAUUCCCUCCGUGUCAGUGGAACAUAUGAAGUGCUGUCACACAGGCAGCGGCGAUUGUUUAUCUGUUUCAUGUUUCUUGCAAACUUGAAGACAGAAGCAAAAGUAACCGACUGAUUUAUUUUCUAUACAAACUUUUCUUGUAGGUGUUCUCUUUUUCUUUGAGCCAUUUGUUUUUGUAUGACAUGAAAAAAACAACAAAGGUGUGUUUUAUGUGAACUGCUUCCGGUUUGCCAUCGUUUCAGGUCUAAUGUUUCUUACAGACUUCUUUGCGAUGUUUUAUGACGAAGUGCCUAUCCUUUUAGAUAUACUGUAGAAAAAGAUGCAAUGUCAACUGUUUUCUAAUGCAUCCGCACUUGAGUAGAUGUUUGGUUCAUUCUGGAUGUAGCUCUGCAGGAAAACAUGUUGUACAGAAAGCCUUAUCUGCGAGGAGAGAGAGAAGAUAACCUACAGUACGCUGAAAAGACAGGAAUC